UGGAGUGGAGCAUUCCUGGAGGGGGCUGGGUUAACACUUGGGGAGGAGGUGGAACAAGUGAAUGCCUUCGUCUCUAGGAUAGCAGUUACGACAAAGCACAUGUCAAAAGCAGGACGUAACGACAUGUUGACACUCAUGGCCAUGCGGUGGAAUGAGCAGAAGAUGAAGAAUUUGGCCACCUACCUGUCCCGCAGAUAUUUAAAAACCACAAAAGCUCUCGACAUGAAGACAAUGGAAGUGGAGUCGAUGAAGGCCGAGUUGGCAGCGACCGAUGGGCAAUUCGAGGACUGGGUCAGGGAUGUGAAGGAUUGGGCAGAAACAACAACCAGCAGCACAACAGACGCUGCUGCUUCCUUGGCCAGGAAGAUAGAGACGCUGGUUGUGAGUGUAAAAAGACGCUCCCAGCGACUUUACAAAGAACAGGACUCAAACAAAGGUCGCGCAAGGACACGCCGGAAGAUCAGGGAGGAGAAAGGGAUCUUGACUGCUGCUGUUCAGCAGUACAACGGAAUGGUUCCGAGCACAGAAACUCUGUGCUUUGAAACCAUUCUGUCUGAAGAGACAGCUUGGCCAUGGCAGCUACCUGGCAAUGACUCUGUCGACCUCAGGACGAAGAGGAGAGUUUUUGACGGUGUCAUGGCGGAACGGAGACUAAGGGAAGAAAAAAAGAUCCUUUUGUUAGAGAUGAACCGCCACUGGAGGUCCUUAACACUUCGUGGGGAUUCCUUAAAAGAGCUGAUUUGUAGCACAACAAUGCCAGAUGCACAGUGGGCUUUGACUGUGGAAGGAAUGAAAGGUCUGCAGAGCAUCGCCAAACAGAAGCUGCAUCGUGUCCGGGAAAUGAUGGCUUUGGCGAGACAAUGCUACCUCAAAGUUUUGACUGGAGCGGAGAACGUCCUUCCAAUCUUUUCAGAUGUGUAUUCCGACAGUGACUCUGGCUCUGACCUUGAGGAUCUGGAGUGAACAGGAAGUGAAAAUGGUUGUGAUGUUGUGUUCAAUAUUAAAAUAGAUGUUGAACUCGUGUUUGCUGUGUGUAGGUAUAUAUGACAACAUCCUGAAAAUUACGCUUGCAACUCCUUAUCCUCUGGCUGUUUUUGACUUAUAGAGGUGCACAAAGAUUUA